AGUGGUUGUCAUGGAUACGAAUUUUAUUUUUAUGCCUUUAUAAAAAUCAAUGUCCACGUGUGUAAUAAAAUACCAUCAUAAUACUAAGUAUAAAAUAUAUAAUAAUAAAAACAAUUAAUUAAUUAUGGAUAAGCCGCAAUUUGAUGAAUUUCUUGGUGGGUCGGUAUCUCUGCCACGAGAUGUUGAAAUAAAUAAAUUAGCAGCAGCUCGUGCUAAUGAAAUAGCAGCUAUGACAUAUGCGAUAGAAAAUCCCCAGCAGACGAAAUUAAUUUUCCAACGUCUUCCAAUCCAUAUGAGAAGACGUGUCAUGUCUCAUAAUGCCAAACGUAUGCCUAGAAGACUUAGAGAAGCUCAUAAGAUGCAGAUGGAGAAAUCAGGAAAACCUGGAAUACCUAAAAGACCUUCCAGGAAGUACCGACGACGACCUCAUAACCUGCUGUCCGAGUACAAGAGGAGGCAGCGUAAGUGUGCGUGGUUGGAGACACACAUUUGGCAUGCAAAGAGAUUCCAUAUGACAGAAAAAUGGGGAUACAAGAUCGCUAAUUUUUCUAAUGACAAAGCAACUAGGUCUAGUUAUCGGACAGUAAAAGGACACUGUACUAUUCAAGAUAUUUCUUACUAUAGUUGCAUUGAAUUGAAGGGACCGGAAGAGAUAUUGAUGGAGACUCUGAAGGUUCAUUGUAAAUAUGAAAAAUCUUUUGGAGCUAAUGCUUAUAAAAACGGAGAUAGACAGGGAUCGCUGACUUUUUAUAGAACAGAAGGAUGUCCUGUGGGUGUAAUUAAUUUUAUGUGGAGACCAGAUUGUGUUGAUGAUAAAAUAAUAUGGAUUUGGGUUCACCCCGCGCUGGUUAAAGAUGUUCUAGAUGAACUUGUGUCAAGUUUAAAUCUAGUGGAAGUGCUAUCAGCAGACUCAGCAAAAACUAAAUCAUAUAGAAACUCAACAGGUUGCAGUUUAGAAUUUCUGACUCUCAAUAGAUUUCGAUUGAGGGGACCAAUGGCGCCUACUAUUAUAACUGAUGCUUUGCGCUGUCCUUCAUUUACAUUUAAUCAGGAAGAAUCAAGUAAUCCAGAGACAAUGGAGGUAGAUGUUGCACAGCCGUGGCAAAAUUUUUGGUAUCAAGAGCCUGGUCAUAGGAAAUCGUUCAUUGAACAAAAAGAUAUUUUUGAAAAAGUAAAAGAAUUAAAUUCACCGGAUCAAUUUCCCCGGCAUGGUAUCCUCGGACUUACGGUACUAGAUCCAAGGUUUUAUUUUCCUGCUAAACGAACUAAAGUCGAGUAUAAAUCACUGACUCCAACUUAUGAUGUCAUCAAUGUUGAUAAGUCCACAGCAGCCAGCCCACUUUGGGAGUCAUCAGUACGAGAGGAUGUUAAAAAAAAUUUUAAAUCUACUGAGCAAAUUAAUAAACUAAGAAGUGGGAAUCUAGUACCUGGGGUUGAAAAUGAUUCCGGUUUUAAUGAAGAUAUUAUCACCAAGGUUCCUAUUAUACUAGUACAGCAUCCUGGAACAGAAGCUGAAAAUAAAAGUAUUGGGUUCAAUUCCGGUAUCGACAUUAUUCUGCCUGCUGGUUGGGCACUUGCGUUUUGGCUGAGUUUUGUCUACAGAUGUGCUCGACCUAUUGGUCUCAGAGAGUAUCGGUCUGCUGUUUUCGAAAGCAUGAUGCUCAAUCAACCAGAAGUGAAUCAUCCUGACACUGCUGAAUAUAAACGAGAAGCUGAGGAAAUGCAGAUUAAACUAAAAGAUAAAUAUUUCCGGUAUCCUCCUAACAGAAGAGUUAAUUUUACAAAACUUUCCAUCUCCAGUCCUUUUAACUGCGAAUGGGGAAUACUCAUAAAAGAAUGGACUGAUAAAGAGAAUCUUCAAGUGCUACGAGAUCCUAAAAUAAUAAAUUCGUUAUCUCAAGCAUUUAAUAGUUUUAAUAAUAGAAGGAAUCGUAAAUCUCCUGUAUCUACAUCUUUAAAUUUUAAUGACUCCGCGAUUCUUGAUAAAUCAUGUCUAGUAACAGUCAAAGUUACGGUUGAGACCAAGGGAAAGCCAAAUAAUUUUUCUAUCAUUUGCUUACCUACCGAAGAAGAUUUAAAAAAAUUUAAUGAUGACAGAAAAUGGGGUGGGCCGAUUGAAAAAAAGAAGACCGACAAAUUUGAAGCGCAGAGAAAAGCCUUAAGAAUAAAACACAAACUUUUAUUAAAACGCGAAAGAAGAAAACGAAUCCUGGCUAAAAAAGCAUUGCAAACUCCCAUUCCUCUGGCUUACUUGGGAGCAAGAAAGCUUGAGCAAAAAAAGAUUAUGGACGAGCUUUAUUUACAAAAAUGUACCUCAGUUAGAAACUCAUGUGAUAGAGAAGUAAUUGGUUACGUUGUCCAAGGAGGGUUUUCAUUUUCUGAGUGCAGUUGUUUCGGCUGGGGAUAUGUUGUAGCUCUUCCUUUACUAGAUUUGCUGAAAAUCAAAAAUAAUAUGGUCCUUGUUCGAAAUACACAAACAAGACAAUACCGAUGUGCCAGAUUAGAUAUCGUUAAUUUGUAUGCAUAAAUAUAUAGAUAUAUAAAUAUGUUUAUAAUUUAUAAUUAAUUAAUAAAAUACAGAUUUUAUUUACA